AUGGCUUCCGAUGCAGAGUUCACCAUUCUCAGUCAGAAGGAAGCGGAUUUCAUAAAGACCUCCUACUUCCCCAUUCAGCAUAAAUUCAUGCCCAAACAAAACUUUUUCAAAAGUGCUCGCAACAUUCUUUUUCGCCGCCAUGCCGUUUCGAUAAUCGCCGAUUACUCGAGGCGUAUCGAUCUCGAUACAUUUAUUCCAUAUCUUGCUAUGAACUAUUUUGAUCGCUUCUUUUCCAUGACCAAAACGUUCAAGAAGGAUGUGGAAGGUUGUAAUAAUGAUACUGAAAAAGUUCGUUUGAUUGCUAUCUCUUGUCUCUCCAUAUCUGUCAAGAUAAGGAUGAAACACUUCUCAGUUGAACAGUUUUUGAGGGACAAUAAUUUGAUGAUAACUCCUCAGAUGAUAAUGAAAAUGGAGUUUAAUAUUCUCCAUGAAAUUCGCUGGACAAUCCGACCUGUGACUCCCUUCACCUAUCUGAACUUCUAUUACCGUUAUUUUAAAAGAUUUGGUGGUUAUAGUCGUCGUUGCAUUAAUGAGAUCAUAGUUCAAGCUCAAGGAGACCACACCUUUGUUCACUACCCACCUACUAUGAUUGCAUCGACCGCUUUUCUGGCUGCUUCCCGGAUUGCAUAUCCCUCAAAGUAUAACAACAUAGCACAUCCCGAAGCACUUGCCAGACUUGGCCCUAAAGCGCAGGUGCUGCAAUGUGCGAAGAAGAUAUUAAAGCUUUGCAGGAGAAUGAAAAUCCGGGUCGAGAUCCCUCGGAUUCAGAUCCCUCGGAUUCAGAUCCCUGAAUCAAGAGUUGGCUCCACUUCAAGUAAAGUCGUGGCAGUACCCGAAAAACAAACCGAAUAUAGAAGGGCAAAGGCGGCGGCAGUGGUGGUUGAUUCAUCUGAAGAAGAAGAAGAAGGGACUGCAUUAAUCAGGCGUAAACGGAACACGGGCAAGACCUCAGAGACUUCUCAGGUGCAGGUGGAAGUAAAGGUGGUAGAUAAAUCUGAUAAAAAAGGUGUAGCAACAGAGGAGAUUGAGGCAGAAAAUCGAAGUCUGGCCAAGGGCGAGGAAAAGGCAGUGGAAGUAACAGAAGCAUCUAAAGAAGAAGGGACUGCAUUAAUCAGAAGAAAACAAGACAUGGGCAAGACCACAGGGACUUCUCAGGUGCAGGUGCCAGUAAAGGCGGAGGAGGUAAUGGUGGUCAAUAAAUCUGAUAAAAAAGGUGUAGCAACAGAAGAGAUUGAGGCAGAAAAUCCAAGUCUGGCUAAGGGCAAGGAAAAGGCAGUGGAAGUAACAGAAACAUCUGCUGAUGAUAAAGCCAGGGUUCAGGCUAUAAUCCGACGAGCAUUGGAAAAGGGCAAGGCAGUAGUGGGUGAGGAGCCACAAACACAGAUAGGAGGGUCCGUUUCAGAGAUUUUAGAGCUUGUAGCCCCUAAGAAGCUAAUGAUGUUUGAGCUGAGGUGGCCCAUGGAAGUUCCACUACUAGAAGCACUAGAUAUAAAACAAGCGCUGCCAGAAGUAGAAGAAGAAGAGGAACAAGAGUCGCAGACAGAUGACAAAGGUACUGAUGAGAUAAAAAAUUGUGGCUGCAACAUUGGUUAGUUCUGCUAUUGCAAAUACUCUUCAUUUGGUUUUCUGCUCUAGGAUUUGGCUUUGGAUCGUGUUCAGUUCAAAAUGUUGUGGUAGUUUUCGUGUGUAGAUCAUACUAUGGAUAUUAUUACUGUUGAAAUUGACUUUUGAUACUUUUUUAAUUGAA